AUGUCAAAUAUGCCUUAUUAUACAUUUGAAACACGUGGUGAUGCACCACUCUCGCGUUAUGUUCGUUUAUCUCCACUUUACCGUUCAAAAAAUAUGAUAAUGAUUGAGAAAAUAAUAGAUGAAUAUUUUAAUGAAGAGACCCUUAACAAAAUUCAACAGAAUACUGUUAUUCCACUUUAUGAAUUGGUUACGCCUAUUGAAAAUCUUAGGACCCAAAAAAUACCGCGUCCACAAAAUAGUUUUGUUAUAUACAGAAGAAACAUUCAAGCUAAAAUUGCUUCAUCUAUCGCCUCCGACAAUUCUAUUGGAAAAUUGGACAACGUCUCUAAACUUGCUGGUAAACAAUGGAAAAGAGAACCAAAAGAGAUUAGAGAAUUAUAUGGUCUUAUUGCUGAAUGUGCGAAAAAAGUUCAUGAUUUUCUUUAUCCGGGUUACGUUUAUCAUCCAAGAAGAAAUGCUACUACAAAUAUUCCAAUGGGAAUAAUCUCAAAUCGUGGCAAUAUUCCACAGGUCGUUCGUUGGAAAAACAAAUUAGUUAAUAAUCGUCGUCAAGGAGAACUUACAACUUCGACAUCAUCAUCAACAACUUUUUCAACAUUCAGACAAGCAUCACCUACUAUUGCUCGGUCAAAACAACUUUCUGAUACAUUUAAUAUUACAAUACCUUCAUCAUUACACUAUUCAAUGUCUUCUAAUUAUUAUAACGAUGUAUCUUCACAACAUCAAUUAUCACAAACAUCUGAUUCAUCACCUAAUUCUCGAUCUAAUUCCCGAUUUCCUUUUACACAUUCUCAAUCUCAACCCGAUUUAUUUUCUGAAACAUGUGACAACAUUAUUCCACCACUUUCACAAUUAUCAUUACUAUUUCCAUCUCCUCCAAAAACUGAAAAAAAUACUGAUUCGUUGUUACCUCUGACCUCCUACGAUCGUAAAGUUUGUCAACUUCUAAACACUCAUAACAAGUACUUUUAA